AGGACACAGAGUUGGUUUUGUUGACCGAGGGCCUGGUAUAAACUGUGCUAUCGGCAGCUGCGGCACUUUUUUGGAACAGACAUUCUCCGGAAAGCAAUCUAGAUCAGAAGCUGACAGAGUGAAGGGCACAUGCUGUGAAACAUGAAGUUGUGCGCAGCCCGCAAGGGCCUGAAGAGCAACUCUUGCAGCGGACUCUCCCUGGUUUUUAAAUCUCUUCCAGUCGACUCGCCUUUCGGAGUGGGAUUAAAAUGAGGAAGUUGAUUGUGAUCCUGAAGUUUGUUGUUAUGGGCGCCAGUUUAUUUUUCCUAUUUGUGAUCUACAAUCAAAUAAGCUCCAGGCUUACGCCGACACCUGUGGACAGUAAGCUGCGGGAGGUGUGGUUACGUAAUGGUACAGACAAGAGGCUGAACGUUUUUGAGAAGUUGGAUGAACCCGGCGUUGAGGUGAACUUUUGGCAGAGCUCUAAAAACAAGGAAACGGGGGAUAGAGGGAAUUCAAUGAAGAAUAUCUCCGGCCCGCAUGCCACGUCAAAACCUACAAAUCGGAUAACCACGCUUUCGUACCUCGGGGAUUGGUAUCCAACCGAUAUCCCCCACCUUCAAACACAAUGCCCCGAGACAGCGAGAAGUCGACUGGUGAAAGUGGAAGAGUAUGCAGAUAUUUUUGUGGGAAACGUACCCGUUCUGCAGUGGAGUAAGCACGUGACUGAAAAGGCCUACCAGAGGCUGAAGAAUUAUAACGGUGCUCACGGCUGGGGUGUGAUCAGUUAUGAAGACCUAAAGGACACGCUGAGCUACCUCAACACGACCGCAAACGUUGUCCUGUUUGAUGACUGGGAGCGAAGGUCAAACAAGACUUCAGUCUGCGUGCGCUGUGCAGUGGUGGGCAAUGGUGGCAUUCUCAACGGCUCUCGGAAGGGCAAGGAGAUUGAUGGCCACGACUAUGUAUUCAGAGUGAAUGGAGCCAUUAUUAAAGGAUUCGAGCAAGAUGUGGGAAGUAGAACUUCGUUUUAUACAUUUUCCACAAACACGAUGAAGAAUUCUCUGUACUCGUACCGCCGUGUGGGGUACACGGCCCUGCCACAUUCUGCGGAGACAAGGUACAUUUUUCUCCCAGAUCACAAUCGAGAUUAUUACCUGGCGAAAGCUGCAAUAACAAACACAGCCAUAACGAAGGGCAAAGACAAAUCGCAAAGUCCACCUACUUACUUUGGAACGAAUGGAAAGGCGGAAAAAUUCAAGAUGUAUCAUCCGGACUUCAUCCGAUACGUACGGAACAGGUUUUUGAAGGGAAAGAUUUUGAGCUCGCGACACCGUGACAUUUACCGCCCAAGUACCGGUGCAACCAUGCUGUUGGCUGCGAUCCAUUCAUGCGACGAGGUCACGGCCUAUGGCUUCAUGACGGAAGAUUAUGCAAACUAUUCCGACCAUUAUUUUGACCGGACAUACCACAAGGUGGUGUUCUACUCGAACCACGACAUGAAAAUGGAAAUGCGAUUGUGGAAAAAACUCAAUGACUAUAAAGUAAUUAAUCUCUACACCAGAAAAAAUAAUGGGGACAAAAUGAAGAGAUGACACUAUACAACACAAAAUACUGUGCGGGGUUUUUUUCUUUUUGGAAGAAUUAAAAAAAAAAAAAGGCAUUUCUCUUCACUUCUGGGAUCCUAUCAACACUCGUGAAUCAAAACUGUUUUGAUAUUGAAUGGGUGAAAAUAUUUUAAUUGAUUAUCUUUUUGUGAGGUACUAUUAUGCUGACUGAUUAUUCUUUAAAUAUUUCCUUGGUGCUACCGGAGGUGGGAAAACUAACUGGUGAAGUGUCGUGUGUUCUUGUAUGUUCCUUUAAGUUCCAGGACAUUUAAUCAUGGAUUACGUCCUAGUGUGUGUAUCAACAGAAUUGAAAGAAUUAAGUUUACAUCUUUCCAUUUAUUUGAAUACCAUUUAGCCAAGUUAGCUAUGCGGUGCCUUCAACAAGAUUGCCUUAUUAUUAUUGGAGAGAGUCAAAGAGUGGCCCUACUUGCCCACACCGGCCAACAUGUCCCAACUACUCUAAUCCCACCUGCUUGCAUUUGGUCCAUAUCCCUCCAAACCUGUCCUAUCCAUGCACCUGUCUAACUGUUUCUUAAACAUUGGGAUAGUCCCAACUUCAACUACCUCCUCUGGCAGCUUGUUCCAUACACCCUUUGUGUGGAUAAAGUUACUCCUCAGAUUCCGAUUCCAUCUUUACACCUUGAACCUAUGACCUCCGGUCCUCUAUUUCCCCCAACUCUGGGCAAAAGGUUAUUGCGAUGGAAUUUUCUAAAUGACAUGUUGAUGCUUUUGACUGGUGUACGUACGCAAGUUAACAAUCCAUCUCUUGUCUACGUUCUAAGUAUGCAGGAGUUGGAAGUUGGGUGCGGUUGGUAAUUUCUAAGUUGUCCACAUGGCUCUUCAGAGGACCAGGCUCUUUGAUGGCACCACCUAAAGUAAAGCCUAUGAUUUAAUGGGUGGGUUUCUGGGGACAUCUUAGGGAUGGGUUACCUGGCAGUCUGUGGGUGAGGGCUUUCACUGAACAAGCCAAAGAUAAAAGUAGUAGGAAGGAACUACAGAUGCUGGUUUACACAGAAGAUCGACACAAAAUGCUGGAUUACUCCAGCAUUCUGCAUCCACCUUCAAAGGAUAAAGUACCUUUUAAAAGGCAUACUGUGUAUGUACCGUUCUCAAUGGGGAAAAGUGCUUGUACUUUCUUUGGAAAGGUGUAUUAAAGUCAAUGUUUUACUGAUGGCCAAAAUAAAAGAAGCAUUGAAUGAA